AUGGCCGCUGCAGUGGAGAGUAUCGUGGCAUCGCCGGAGGAUUUCCCCUCUACUGCCAGUCUGGAGAUUCAGUAUCACCGCAUUGAAGUGGACGAAGAUACCCCCGCUACCGCAGACGACAAUAUCCACCAUGAUCCCAUGAGAACGCCACUCGCCAAGCGCCGUCGCCUAUGUUCUGCGACUGAUGAGAAUCCUUUCGAUCUCCGCUCUUCCUCGCUCCCCUCACGUAAGGUCUCUCUGGUGGGUAUCCGAAGUGACAGUGAGGAGUACACGGAAGGACUCAAGUAUCAUCAUCAACGACAAGAGCAUGGGUGUGCUUCCUACGACGGCAGCAAGAAGCAACGUGUGAACUUUCGCGACAAAGUCCAUGUCAGGGAGAUCCCUUCCCAUAGAGACUGCUGCCCCACCGUGAGAAAACUCGUCUGGAACAGUCUACGAGAGAUCCAGACGAAUGCAGCAAGGAACGAGCUUGAGUUUUAUGCAGACUGCAAUGACUGGAGACAAGCCAAAGAAGAAGACCAGUUCUGCCUUUGGCAUGAUGAGACAACUCAGUCCAGUGCCCUGGUACAUCCCGUCACUUUUGAGAAACUACAACGAGAACGCCAAUUUGUAUUGCUACAGUUGGGUAUCCACCACAAUGAACAAGAGCCGCGGGGAUUCAAACGAACUAACGAGGGAUCGCCGCUCAGAAGGAUCGCCAAGGUAUCAUCAUUCCAAGAUCUUUCCAAGCAACGGUAG